CCAAGUAGCACAAGCACACUCUCACACACACUCAGCUGCACAACCCUCAAGCCGUAGUGGCAACCAUGGGGUCGGCGGAGGAGUACCAGCCACUGCUGCUGGGACUUGACUCACAUUCCCAGAUACCUGGCUUGUCGUCCGCUGCCAUCGAAGAUUUUCUGGAGCACAGGCCUGUGGCGGUCCGAUGGUGGCCUAGACUGGUGGCAUGGGAAUCAAGGCUGCUCUGGAUUUUAUCUGGUUCAUCUAUCAUUGUCUCCAUAUUUAAUUACAUGCUCAGCUUUGUCACCCUCAUGUUUUGUGGCCAUUUGAGUGCCUUGGACCUGGCUGGAGCCUCUAUUGCUAGUGUGGGAAUUCAAGGUCUUGCUUAUGGGAUUAUGUUGGGAAUGGCUAGUGCUGUGCAAACUGUGUGUGGGCAAGCAUUUGGAGCCAGAAAAUUGCCAGAAAUGGGCAUCAUAUUCCAAAAAGCAGUCAUCUUGCACUUGGGAGCAGCAGUCCUCCUUACAUUUGUGUAUUGGUGGUCUGGUCCAAUACUUAUAGCCAUAGGCCAGGCAGAAGACAUAGCAUUGAAGGGCCAAGUGUUUGCAAGGGGCAUAAUUCCUCAGCUUUAUGCAUUUGCAAUCAACUGCCCCCAACAGAGGUUCCUUCAAGCACAAAACAUUGUGAACCCUUUGGCUUACAUGUCUGUGGGGGUUUUCCUCAUCCACGUUCUUCUCACUUGGUUGGUGGUUUAUGUUGUGGAAUAUGGCCUACUGGGGGCGGCUCUUACUCUCAGCCUCUCUUGGUGGCUUCUUGUCAUUACAUAUGGACUUUACAUUAUUCUAAGCCCCAACUGCAAGGAAACUUGGACUGGCUUCUCUUGGAAUGCCUUCAAAGGAAUUUGGCCUUAUUUUAAGUUAACUCUUUCUUCUGCUAUCAUGCUCUGCUUGGAGAUAUGGUACAACCAGGGGCUGGUGCUGAUAUCAGGGCUUCUCUCCAAUCCUACAAUUGCUCUAGACUCCAUUUCUAUUUGCAUGAACUAUUUGAACUGGGACAUGCAAUUUAUGUUAGGCCUAAGUGCAGCAGCCAGUGUUCGAGUCAGUAAUGAGCUAGGUGCUGGUAAUGCAAGGGUGGCCAAAUUUUCAGUGUUUGUUGUGAACGGGACCAGCAUACUUAUUAGCAUAGUCUUCAGUGCAAUUGUAUUGAUUUUUAAAGUUGGAUUAAGCAAGCUUUUUACGAGUGAUUCCGAAGUUAUCGUGGCAGUAUCUGAGUUAACCCCAUUGCUGGCCAUCUCUGUUUUCUUGAAUGGCAUUCAACCAAUACUCUCAGGGGUGGCAAUUGGAAGUGGAUGGCAAGCUGUUGUGGCCUAUGUUAACCUGACUUGCUACUACAUUAUCGGUCUUCCAAUCGGAUGUGUUCUUGGCUUCAAAACCAACAUGGGAGUAGCAGGUAUUUGGUGGGGGAUGAUUAUUGGAGUUUUUCUACAAACAGUAACUCUAAUUAUUCUCACCGCCAGAACAAAUUGGAAUACUGAGGUUGAAAAAGCAGCUGAUCGAUUGAAGAAAGCAGCAGAAAUACAAGACUCGCUGACCGAUGUAUAAGGCCAUGGAGGUUUUCAAAACUUGAUUUCACCUGCGGUUCAUGUAUGAAUUCCUGUGUUUUGACAUAGCUUGGUCAACGAGAUUUAGACUAUAAGUUUGCACCUUCUUCCCCUGUAUAGUGUACAACCAAUCAGACUGUUGCCAAUUUUGAUGAUAUAAGGGAAAGAAAACCAUCCUAUUUGUUUCACAGAAUCGAACAGUAAUAGUUUCUGCU